GGGGCGGCACUCCCGCGCAACCUGCUGCCUCCGUCACUCCGCGGCCAGUGCCUCGCCCGCGCAUGCUCGGCGCCCAUACGCGCACACGCCACACGCUGCGAACACUUGUGCUGCAAGCCUUCAAAACAAACCCAAUACCAGUGCUUACAUAGUGAAGUGACAGAAACAUGGUGUAAUGUGCUCCUAGUUAUAUACCGACAAGACGACAACGAUGUGCAGUGCCAAAGAAAAUGAAGUGAUAUUAAAUAGAUGAAAUAAAAAUAACCAGUGUCAUAAUGGAGGGGGUGAGAGUGACGCAUCAAGGGGUGCGGGCGCAUUCAGCCGAGGGGUCCGCGGGGCGCAUCACGCAGGCCGGCCUCGCUGCCCGCAGCCCUGAAGGGACGGCCGCCAAGGGCAUGGCCAUCAAAGGCCACGAGGACCUCUGGGUGGAGAUACAGGCCAACACCUUCAGAAAUUGGGUCAAUGAGACCCUGAAACCAAUGAAUAUAAAGGUUGCAGAUCUAGUAGAAGAUCUGAGGGACGGCACAGUUCUAUGUGCGUUAGUCGAAGCUCUCCAAGGUCGGAGACUGAAGGGCUGGAGUCGCAACCCGACCAACCAGCACCACAAGCUGGAGAAUGUGACCACAGCACUCCAAGCCAUCGAAGAUGACGGCGUCAAACUGGUCAAUAUUGGUAACGUUGACAUAGUGAACGGGAAUUUAAAACUAAUAUUGGGUUUGAUUUGGUCACUCAUUGUCCGCUACCAAAUCGGGCGCAGCAAAUUCCCUCCAAGAAAGUUGAUGCUAUCGUGGCUGCAGGCGGCGAUGCCGGAGUGCCGCGUCAACAACUUGACGACCGAUUGGAACAGCGGGGUUCUGCUCUCCGCCUUGCUCGACUACUGCAAGCCUGGCAUUUUCCCGCACUGGCGCGAGCUCAAUCGCCAUGAAGCUGUAGAGAACUGUCGUCGCGCGAUGAAACUCGCGCACCGUGAGUUGGAUGUGCCCAUGGUGCUGGAGCCGGAAUACCUGGCAUCACCCUGGCUGGACGAGCUGUCGGGCAUGACCUACCUGUCAUACUUCAUGAAACACGAGUCUGCGGGAUUCAAAGCUACUCUCGACUGGGUCAACUCGCGAUUGGAGAGACCAAUUACCAAUUUCACGACGGAUUGGAAUGACGGUCGCGUGUCGAACGAGCUCGUGCGGUCUAUCGGUGGUCCGGCGCCUCCUCCGAGCCGGUUGCGGAGGGACCCGGCGCGCUGGGAGGAGAACAACCAGCUUGCCAUCGAUGCUGCUAAGAAAAUAGGCGUACACUCGGUGUUAUCAGCUCGCGACCUGAGUCAGAGCGAUGUGGAACACUUAGGAGUGAUGGCGUGGGCCACACAGCUGCGUAACGUGCCUCCCCGCCCUCCCAUACAUGACAUGCUGAGGGUAGCUCUAGACUCCACGUCGGGAAGAGUUGGGGAACCUACCUACAUAAAAAUUGAAAGCAUAUCCAACGAUUUAUCGAUAUCAGAAGUAAAAGUAUCGAUUGUGAAUCCUCUGGAGCAAGAAUCGAGACUGAAGCUCGAUGCUCGAGGUGGCGGGGAGUUUGUGCCCGAACAUGCUGGCAUGCACGAAAUCGUUCUCACCGUGGAUGACAUCAGAGUUGACGGGCGCUACUUUUUCCGUGUUCUACCAAGACUGGUAACCGUUCCGCCGCCAGGAAUGGCUCCGUGUGCCAUAGGGAGCAUAGUCGAAGUGCUAGUCAGUGCUACAGGGGCACCAAGGAGGCAGGAUGUGGACGUAACAGCCCACUCUCCGAGCGGCCGUGCCGUGCCGCUGCAGGCUCGUCACCCGCCACCAUCAGCGCCCGGCACCACGGCUUCUAGUGCCACCUUCCAGCCCGAUGAGGCGGGAACAUGGACCAUAGCUAUUACUUAUAAGGGCGAGCAUAUUCAGGGAGGCCCCUUCACCUGUGAAGUCUUUGACCCACACGGAGUAUGGUUAAGCCCCGGAGCGCUCGAGGGCGCUGAACCUCUAAAGCCCCACUCCUUCGAGCUGGACACCAGCGGCUGCGGCGUCAAGGGAGACCUACAGCUAGACAUUGUGCAUGACAAGAGGAGUGUCAUGUGUGCACUCGAGAAACUCUCCGCUACUAAGUACCGUGCUACUUUCAUGCCUAAAGCGCCUGGAAAACAUAGGUUGUACAUAUACUUCAACGGUUACGAUGUUCACGGGUCGCCACACAUGUUCCGAGUCGGCUCUCGGUCUAAGAAGCCUCGUGACAGCUCCAGCCCCUCACCUGCUUACGCGAGGAUAUCUAGUCCAGUCACUCGUUUGAGAUCUGAAAGUCCAAUGAACCAAUACAAUAUACACGAGUCAAAUACGAAGCACAGUACGAGUUCAGUGGACCGACGCGAGGAGAGACGUGAUUCCACCGAUUAUUACAAACCCUCGUACGGCUCUGACACCAAGGAAAAAAAUUACGACGUGACCGACUCCGCAUACUCGACAUCAAAAGCUACGAAAAAGGAAACGUACACGAGAUACGGUUCGGAGAGUCCAAGAAACAGGACAGCGAGUCCGAUAACAACGAAACAUUUGGGGAACGGCUCCCGGUUGGACGUGAAUAGGGCCGCGAGUCCGUAUCGCGCCAGCUCGCCGUACCGCGCCACCAGUCCGGUCGGCCGGACCGGCUCGCUCGCCAAAAAAGACAGCCCUUUGAACAGGACGGCCAGUCCAAUUAACAGGGUGAGUAGUCCGACGGAGCGGUACAGUCCGGUGACCACAACAAAGCGCGUGGUGGAGAAACGUUCCAACUACAAGAUGUAUAGUUCGUACAGCGGCUCCCAGGACAACUUGGACCAGGCCAGCCCCCUGUCUUCACUGGAAAGCGAUCGCGCCAGAAGGCUCGGCAGCCCCAGCACGGGCGAUCCUGGCGGGAAAUCCUAUCAUCAGCGUCGAGACUGGGACAGCGUAGAAAAAACAAGACAAAUGAUGAGCGCCAACAGCCUCGAGUCUCCUAAAAGCCCAUCGGAGCGGGUCCCCGGGCAGAGCACCCUGGACCGCGAGACAAAGCGCAACACGCAACUCAACAAGUUCACCGACUACUCGAGAGACUCCUUCAACCGGCAGCUGGAUCGGUUGGCCGACGACCGGGACUCCGACACUUACACCACUCGGCAAGAGUUCAGUAAGCGGGAAGUGCGCGAGAGCACGUACGUGGUGCGCGACUCGUCCUACAGUAGCGUGGAGGAGAAGCAACAACAACAGCAGUCUUUUUUAUCCAAUAGGCCCCCCCGCGACCCUACCGGGGGGGCCCGCACUGAAACGGACGCCGCACACGCACGUUUCAGACCAAUUCAAAGGGAUAAUAAUAGAGGUGCCAAAGGAAUACUUGUAAAGCCAUCGUACAAAGGAAUUGUAGGACAACCAGUUGAAUUCAUAGUUGACGGAAGCAUGGCGGGCCCCGGGCAUCUUGAGCUGGAAGUGUCAGGAGGUAACGGGGCCCUGGUGGCCAGCUCAGUGCGGCCCCUCGGGGGCCAUCGGUACGCGGCUGCGUUCACGCCGCGCCUGCCGCGACCCCACACCGUGAGGGUCACCUUCAAUGAUGAACAUGUACCUGGAUCUCCGUGGAAGGUCGAGGUGAUGGCAGGGCCGUUGGGCGGCGGCGGAGGGGAGCCCACUCGGCUGAUCCCUGCCAGGGUGCCGGCCGUCUUCGAGAUCUCCACCUCAGCCGGUGAAGCCACCUUUAGUAAGAAUGAGGUUGGCGUGACAGUGACAGCCCCCUCCCGGCGUCCAGUGACCGCACGAGUCCUGGACGUGGCCGAGCGCCCAGGAGUGUACCGCAUAGAGUUCACCCCCGAGGAGGUCGGCACACACCUUAUUGAUGUCUCCAUCGCGGACGACAAGCUGGCAGCGGCCCCACUCGUAGCCAAAGUGUACGACGCCAGCCUAAUCAAAGUGACAGAUGUGGGCAACGCGGUGGUCGGCCAGCAAUGCCAGUUUAGAGUGGAUGCCAGCGCUGCUGGAGAAGGACAGCUAGAAAUUUCAAUAAAUGAAGGAGAAGUUCCUAACCACGUGCAGGUGGUUGGAGGAGGCAGGUGCCUCGUUUUCUGGCGGCCUGAAGCUGCGACUCCUCACCGAGUGGACAUCAAGUUUAACGGAGAACCAGUGCCAUCUUCUCCUUUCAUCUUCCAUGUAGCACCAGCACAAAGAGUCACUAUCGAUACAUCGCAAGUUGAACUGAUUCCCGUGGGUGAAUUAGCGUCAUGUUCAGUUCGUGUGGAAGGCUCCGCUGGUGGAGAAUUAACAGUAACAGUACGAGGCCCAAGAGGCGACGUCCCUGUACGGCUAACCGGAGAUGCUGUCACCGGUCUGGUCGCCAGUUUUACUCCGAAGAAUGUCGGACCUCACACACUUACUGCACAGUACAACAAUCAAAUAGUUCCGGACACACCAUUUGUCUGCAAAGCAUAUGACAGCAAGCUAGUUAGUGUGAGUGGCGGUAAUGCUGCCAGAGUUGGAGUACCAGUUCAACUGGCAGUGGAUGCCGCCCAAGCUGGAGAGGGCAACUUGGAAAUCACAGUUGCCGCCCGGGGGCUCAACAUCCCAACUCAAGUACACCCACAAGGGAACGCUCGCUUUAUGGUCUCAUUCACACCAACGGAAGCAUGUGACCAUGUGGUCAAUGUAUCGUUCAAUAAAAUGCGUGUCCCCGGCUGCCCUCUAGUGAUCCAAGUAUCAGAAGGAGGUGGUGGCGGGGCCCGCGUGACAGUCCCCGGGCCGGCGCCACUGCACCAGAGCGCGGCUCUCACGUUACACCACCCCACCGCCUCGCUUGACCAGAUCGAAGUCAAUGUUGAGGGGCCCAACGGCGCGUCGGUGCCGGCGGCCGUGGCGGCGGCGGGCCCGGGCCUGUUCCGCGCCGAGUUCGUGCCGCGCGCCGUCGGCGAGCACCGCCUCGGCGUGCUCGUCGACUCCGUGCCCAUCCCCGCCAGCCCCUUCCACUUGAAGGUGUAUGACGUCACAGCGAUCAGAGUCAAAGAUGUCACGCAUGGUACCGUCGGAAAACCUGUCACAUUUUUGGUGGAGACGAUGGCAGCGGGUCCAGGGAACUUGGAAGUGACGGUAAACGGUGGUCGUGUGCCAACGGCAGCGGCAGCUCAGGGUGCCCACACUUAUGCCAUCAGCUUCACGCCGCGAGACCCAAGACCUCACACCGUCGAGUUGCGGUUCAACGGAGAUCAUGUACCAGGCAGUCCAUUCGUGUGCCACGUGUCUGCGCCGGCGCGUGUCAUAGGCGCGGGCUCGGGCGAGUCUCCAGACAAGGUGUCAGUGGGUGAGGCGUACACUUUCAGCGUGGAUUCGCCCACCUCACCCCACGUUGAGGUGCUGGGGCCUGCAAGGAGACCUGUACCUGUACAGGUAUCGGCUGAAGAGACUAUUGGUGAAAAUGAAGCCAGCAAAAGAUAUACCAUCUCAUUUGUGCCUGUCGACGUUGGUGAUCAUAGUAUUGAGGUACGUGCCGGCGCUAUGGGUGGGCACGUGGAAGGCAGUCCGUUCCUCGUGAAAGCGUACAGCGCGGCGCGAGUCAACGUGACGGACAUCUCGCCCGGCGUCGUCGGACGACCAGUGUCGUUCACCAUCAAUGCUUCACAUGCUGGUGCCGGCAAUUUAGAAAUAAUAGUGGCUGUGAAUGGUCGGAAUGUGCCAAAUUAUGUACAAAGCGAAGGAAACGCCAGGUUCAAAGUAAACUUCAAGCCAGUAGAAGCAGCCCCGCACACGCUAUCAGUCCGGUUCAACGGCCAGGCAGUCCCGGGAUCGCCGUUCACUUGCGCCGUGUCCGCGCCGGCCGCCGCCGCCGACGCCCGCGCCACCGGCCCCGGGCUCGUGUCCACGCCUAGAGCCGAACCUGCUGACAUACAACUCACUGGCUUUCAUACAGGCGAACCCACAGUGUAUGUAGCGGGUCCCGGCGGCAGCAACGUCCGCGCCCGCCUCUCUCCGACCGGCGAGGGACGGUAUACCGCGACAUAUACACCAGAGGCAGUUGGACGGCAUACAGUGCAAGUGACGUGUGCUGGUAGACAUGUGCCCGGAUCGCCAUUCACUUGUAAUGUCUAUGAUGUUAGAAGGGUUCGAGUUACCGGGUUGGGACCUGGAGAACUAGAAGGCACGCUAGAAGGGCUGAGCCUUGACGAGGGCGCAGAGCCAGAAGAGCGUGGAGUAGAAGUGGGCAAGCCGGUAACGUUCAGUGUGGACGCGGCUGGCGCUGGGGAAGGAACGCUAGAACUCGUCGUGUCUACACCUUCCACGACGGUCAAGGCGGAGGUGGUAGCAGUAGCCCGCGGUCUGUACGACGUGACGUUCGUGCCGGUGUCGCGCGAGCCGCACCGCGUGUCCGUCACCUUCAACGAGCAGCCCGUGCCCGGCAGCCCCUUCGUGUGCCGCGUCAGCGAGCCACAUACUUAUGUACAAAUUGGCGGAAUAGCAACAGUGGAAAUAGACGAGAACUUAACAGACGUGGAAGUACUCUCUCCCACCGGGACCCGGGUCGCCGAAGCCCACUUAGAAGACACGGGGCUGCUGACGUUCCCCGCGGGCCGCGUGGGCCGGUACGUCGUGAGGAGCACGAGGGGCCCCGUCGCUGAUGUGGAGGCCCUGGACGCGUCGGCUGUUAAAGUGCUGUCUAUUGGUGACGCGGUGGCACAUCGACCGGCUAUACUUACUGUGAACACAAGCGGCGCCGGCAAUGGUCGCCUAUCUGGCCGGGUAUCCUGCGGCGGUACCGCAGUCCCGCACUCAGUGCGGCGGCGCGGCGGCUCCCGGCAGGAGCUGGUGUGGCACCCCGCGCGGGCCGCGCCGCAUCGACUCACGCUGCUGUGGAGCGGGGCCCCGAUUGACAACCAGCCGCUGAUUGUCGAUGUACAGCCGGCUCAUCAUGGACAGGAGGUGGCAGCCUCCGGCCUAGGGUUGUACCAAGCACAAGUGAACAGGGUAGCGUCAUUCAGUAUCGAUACUCUCGGCAGACCGGCCAGAGAGUUCGAUGUGGUCGUCUCUGGCCCUGGAUCCAGAGCCCUGCCUGUGCGAUGCUACCAAACUAAGUCAGGAUUACUGCAAGCGGAAUAUACCAUCACUGAUGUUGGACAGAGCACUAUAGAGGUACUGCACUUAUCAAAGCCAGUAUCUGGCAGCCCUUACACUUGUGAAUCAUUCGAUUCCAAUAGAGUCAUCAUUUCUGGAUUACCUACAGGGAACAUCAUAGCACAAACACCUAUCAAUUUCACAGUUGACACAAAAGACGCGGGUGUAGCCGAACUAGAAGUGAUAUGUGAAGCUAUGGGCGAGCGUCGUAUUCGUCUACCAGUCGAUAUCAGAGAGGACGGACAUACAUACCGAGUGCGCUUGCGACCUACCGUACCCGCUCAUUAUAGGAUCUAUAUCACUUAUGGAGGAGCAAACGUAUCCGGCAGUCCAAUAUCCCUGGGCGUGCUAAGCAGCCGGAUCAGCACCAGCAUAGCGCGGUGUGCGGGCACGGGGCUGGCGCAUGCACAUGUCGGGAAGGAAGCCGCGUUUACUAUACACUGUACUGAAGAUACUACGCCUACUGUGCAGGUUGAACGACUAACAUCAGACGAGAAAGAAGACAGCUCAGACACUGGGCUGUUAGAGUGUCGGGUGGUAGCCGGAGCGCCUAGAGAGUGGCUCUGUGCAUAUAUACCGCUAGUGGUCGGCUUGUAUGAAGUCAGGAUAUUCACGUCUUCUGGACCUCUUCCCGGCAGCCCUUUCCCUGUUAAGGUGAUAGACACAUCAGCGAUAGUGGCAGUGGGCGGAUGGGGCGCGGACGGCGCGGGGCGGGUGCGGGCGCCCAGCAAGCUCGUGCUCGACACCAGCGCCGCCGGGCCCGGCACGCUCGAGUGUCUGCUGGCCGGCAGGCAUCAGCGUGUAGAAACAGUAUCAGGUCGUGCAGUGGUAACACUAUCCAGCGUAGAAGGCAGCUCAGGCGGGGAGGCCGAACUCGAGCUGACAUACAACGGAGCCCUGGUCGCCGGGGCCCCGCGACGAGCACUGCUGGCGCCGCCCGCCAGUGCUGACCGCGUCACGUUAGCGGGACGAGGGCUGGCUCAUGCGGCGCCGCAUACACCCGCUGUGUUUACUAUCGACGGCAGUGCAGCCGGGCCGGGGGCUCCAGAAGCUUCCCUAACAUCUCCCGAAGGAGACAGCAUCCCCGUAGCGUUAGCAGCGGCCGGCCCCGGACUGUGGCGAGCUACCUACACGCCGCGCCGACCGGGAGAACAUCAGCUCAGAGUGCUGUGGGCUGGACGACUCGUUAAAGGCUCCCCGCUAUCAGUGAAGGUAUCCCUGGGGUCUGAGAGCGGCGACGCGUCGCGCGUGGUGUGCUCGGGCGCGGGGCUGGCGGGCGGCGUGCUGGGCCGCGACAUCCGCGCCUGGCUCGACACGCGCCGCGCCGGGCCCGGCGAGCUCACCGCGCACUGCACCGGCCCCAACAAGGUGGCAUACUGCGAACUUUACGAGCACGGAGACGGCACGUUCACACUGAACGUGAAGCCAGCUGAAGCGGGCCGACACAUGCUGAGCAUUCAGUUCGCGGGCGAGCAUGUGCCCGGCUCGCCCUUCGUGCUCAAGGUGGCCGGCGCUCCCGACCCGUCGAAGGUCCGCGUAUACGGUCCGGGCGUGGAGCCGGGCGUGCUGGCCACGUUCCAGUCGCGCUUCCUGUGCGACACGCGCGGCGCGGGCGCCGGCCAGCUCACCGUGCGCGUGCGCGGGCCCAAGGGCGCCUUCCGCGUCGAGAUGCAGCGCGAGACGCAGAAGGACCGCACCAUACUGUGUAAAUUCUCUCCCACCGAGCCGGGCGACUACCGCGUAGAAGUCCGAUGGGCCGGGCGUCACGUGCCCGGCUCGCCCUUCCCCGUCAUGAUCUUCGACACGCAAGAGGAACUGCGCCGAUACAUGCAGGCUUCUGCCGCUUGAAACGCCUUAUAACAAUACCUGUUUAACCACCAAACUUCUUCUAGAAAAUUCUAGAACUUAGACAUUUAAAUUCUGGACUUUUCUAGAAAGUAGGUAUAAUGUGAACGUUUAUCUACCCACGCCAUGUGUUAUGUGUUUAAUAUUUUCUUCAAGUACUACAGUUUUUUUUUGUUUCCAUAAUAUGUACAGUAGUAAGGGUUCAGUAGUCUACACUAUUGCUAACUCUUCUGAAAUGUAAACGAUCAAACCAAUCAUAUUGAAAUAAACUGAGGUUUUAAUUUAUCGUAUUUUAGCUAUUGAAAUACGGUGAACGUAUUGUGAUGUAUUGAUUCCACUGAAUGUAAUAAUCCGUCCAUGUGUUAUAAGGUAGUAUAGGCAAACCAGUACAACUCCUGCGAGUUGUAACAUUUCCAUAUCGUCGAAAAAAUGUAUUUAAAUUAUAAAAUUAAUAGUCUAAUAGAAUCUCUGUAUUGUUUAUAAGUACAUACAUUCUAAUGCAACAUUCUAAAUGUAAUUUAAGAGAUAAAUGCAUAAUAAUUUGUUUGUUAUAAUAUUUAUUAAUAACGACAUUUAGUUUUACAUCAUUUAAAUUAACUAUUGUAACUAACGAGGUUUUUGUUUAUUGUUAUUACGGGGUCAAGUUCGUCUCUAACCACACCGAUGUGAAUUUGACCUCGUAAGCUGCUGAAUUAUUCAGUUACUAAUUGUUAAUAAAUUGAACUUUAUAAAAAAA